GUCAGAUUGACAGCUCCGCCCCUCCUUCAGUCGAGUUUUGACGGCUGUUGUGUUUUCUUCAGAGCGUGUCGUGAACUCGAGUGCAUGGCUCUGCUGUCGUGUCAUGAUGGGACAGACUCUUGUUUCCUGCAGGCUGUCAGGAUGUUCCAGAGGAAGAAGAAGAAGAAGAAGAAGAGGAGGAGGCUGGAGAUCUCCACACCCAGGAACUUCGAGCACAGGGUGCACACGUCCUUUGACUCGGUGCAGGGCUGUUUCGUGGGUCUGCCGACCCAAUGGCAAAGCCUCAUAGAAACACUCAGGAGACCCAAACCUGUGGUGGACCCCUCCAGCAUCACGCAGGUGCAGCUCAAGCUGCAGAGGGUUCUGUCUCAAUCCUCAGUCCCUCCGACGCAGGACAGACCCGCGAGUCCCAGCGGAGCCCCGUCGCCCUGCUCGAGAGUCACGCACGAGCAGUUCAGAGCCGCGCUGCAGAGGGUGGUGGACACCGGCGACCCUCGCUCGUCUCUGGAGAACUUCGUGAAGAUCGGCGAGGGCUCCACGGGCCAUUUUACUCCAUAUAUGUACUGUAUAUUCGUAUGUCCACAACCCGGCCAUGGAAUAAUAAUCAGCCACCAAAGCGCACGCCGUUCCUCCAGCGACCUCAUUUGUCCCAUCAAACCCCCCGGGACUCCAGCCUCAGUCCCUCCGACGCAGGACAGACCCGCGAGUCCCAGCGGAGCCCCGUCGCCCUGCUCGAGAGUCACGCACGAGCAGUUCAGAGCCGCGCUGCAGAGGGUGGUGGACACCGGCGACCCUCGCUCGUCUCUGGAGAACUUCGGGAAGAUCGGCGAGGGCUCCACGGGUGCGGUGUGCAUCGCGCGGGAGAAGCACAGCGGGCGGCAGGUCGCGGUGAAGAUGAUGGACCUGAGGAAGCAGCAGAGGAGAGAACUGCUCUUCAAUGAGGAGUGUGUGUGUGUGUGUAUAUGUGUGAGUGUGUGUGUGUUUAGGCUAACAGAGGAGCAGAUUGCUACGGUGUGUGAAGCCGUUCUCCAGGCUCUCUGUUAUCUUCACGCUCAGGGCAUUAUUCACAGAGACAUCAAGAGCGACUCUAUCUUACUCACACUGGAUGGCACGGUCAAACUGUCCGACUUUGGAUUCUGUGCUCAGAUCAGCAAAGACAUCCCGAAGAGGAAGUCGUUAGUCGGGACUCCGUAUUGGAUGGCGCCGGAAGUGGUUUCAAAGACGCCAUACGGCACUGAGGUGGACAUGUGUUCUCUGGGGAUCAUGGUGGUGGAGAUGAUCGAUGGAGAACCUCCGUAUUUCAGCGAGACACCGAUAGCAGCGAUGAAGAGACUGCGGGACGAGCCGCCGCCGACCGUCAGAAACAUCAGCAAGAUCUCUCCCGUCCUGAGGGACUUUCUGGACUCGAUGUUGAGGCGUGAUCCGCUGGAGCGAGCGAGCGCCGGUGAUCUGCUCCAGCAUCUCUUCAUGCUGCAGGCCGCUUCUCCUCGCUGUCUGGUGCCGCUGCUGGAGCAGCACCGCAAACACAUGUCCCGCUGCUGACCACAGAGUCUCCCAGCAGCACUUCUGACUGUGAAUGCUCCUGAUCUACUGCAGCACUGAGCUGGACUGCUGACCUUCCCUCUGGAGACCCGCAUGGAGGAGGACAGGAACGAUUCACCCCAAACCCAUCAUUCUGUCAGCAUUUAUUCAGCUUAUUCUAAUGCAUUUGUGCCGUGUGUAAUAUAGACUGAGCUGCUGGGUUUAUUAAAUCCAUCUGAUGAUCGUUCACUGUUUCCGCUGCAGGACAAUGAAUUAAAAGGUAAUUGCGACCUUUUUUCUUGCAAUUCUGAGAAAAAAAAA